CGCUGGAGCAGGCCGCCCUCAAGCCGCCGCUGGGCUUGAGCUGGAUACGCAGGCAGAGCGAGACCAGAAGGCCGCUGGCUUUUGCAUCGGGGCUUGCGUCACGGCUGACUGAUUUCGAGCCCCGCGUCGUGGAUUUGCAAUUUCGUCGGCUCGUCGAUCGCGGCACAUCUUCAUCGCCAGCCCUCGAGCGACAGCAAGCAGCGCCCAAGCCAGUUUGCAGAUUGUACCGGCUCGUUGCAGACUCUACCCAGGCCCCCGAUGGCUACUCCACCCGAAACCUCCUCCAACUUCAAGGUCGCCGUCAUCGGCGGCGGGCUCGUUGGCUCCCUCACGGCCGUCUAUCUCGCCCGUCGCGGCUGGAAUGUUGAAGUCUACGAGCUUCGUAAAGAUUUGCGCAACUCGCCACACUAUUCGGGCCGAUCGAUUAACUUGGCUGUCAGCCGCCGCGGACUGGCUGCCCUUGAUGCUGUCGGCCUUGAGGCUGCCAUCAAGCACACCAUCAUCCCGAUGAAGGGCAGAAUGGUGCACACACUCGAUGGAAAGCAGAACUCGCAGCUCUACGGCGUGUUCGGCGAGCACAUCAACUCGAUCGAUCGCAAGGUCAUCAACGAGUACGUCCUCACCGAAGCCGAAAAGUACCCGAACGUCAGGCUGUUCUUCGAGCACGACGUGCGGGCCAUCGACUUUGAGUCCAACCUCGUCGAAUUCGAGGCCAAGGACCGCCAGCGUGUGCAGAUCAAGGCCGAUCUGAUCAUCGGCUGCGACGGCGCCUUCUCCAAAGUCCGGGGACAGAUGAUGAGGAAGACGCUCAUGAACUACUCCCAGGAGUACAUCGAUACGCACUAUGUCGAGCUGCACAUCCCACCCACCCCCAGCGGCGACUACGCUCUCGACCCCAACCACUUGCACAUCUGGCCGCGCAAGUCGUUCAUGCUGAUCGCCCUUCCAAAUCCCGACAAGUCGUUCACUUCGACGCUCUUCAUGCCGCUCGAGUCGUUCAACGUCAUUACCACACCCGAGACCCUCGUGGACUUUUUCCGGACCACCUUCCCCGAUGCCCUGCCGCUGCUGGGACGUGACGGGCUCGUCAAGUCGUUCUUUGAGAACCCCAAGGGCGCGCUGAUCACGGUCAAGUGCCAGCCCUACAACUACCAGCACAAGGCCCUGAUCCUGGGCGACGCAGCCCACGCCAUGGUGCCGUUCUAUGGCCAGGGUAUGAACUGCGGCUUCGAGGACAUCUUGCUGCUCAACGAGAUUCUCGACCGCCAGAUCGGAUCCGAGAAGAACCCGACCCAGGACCAGAUGCUGCACUGUCUGGACGAGUACAGCCGCGCCCGCCAUCCAGAUGCCACGGCCAUCUGCGAUCUGGCCCUGUAUAACUACCAGGAGAUGCGCUCAUCGGUGCUCGAGUGGUCGUAUUUGCUCCGCAAGGCUGUCGAGGGCUGGAUCUACCGCCGCCUGCCGUUCCUGGGCAUUGUCCCGCUGUACACGAUGGUGUCGUUUACACGCAUUCCCUACUCGGAAGCCGUCCGCCGCUGGAAGCGCCAGACACACUGGUUCAACACCAUUGGAUCGACGACCAAGCGUCUCGGGAUAUCCGCGGUGUCGUGGGUGCUUGGCCGAGGCAUCCAGACGGCGUGA